CAUCAGUAGCAGUCAAAUCGCCGCGCGCCUCGCACGCAACGCACACGCGCACGCGCACAAUCGCAGUGAAAGUCGCGCGCGCAGGUUCCGCUACGAUUUCGUGCGUCGACAUCUUCGUCUAGAGUUAUUCUGUUUGUUCGUUGCGCCAGUGCAGCAGGGAAAGGAGGUCGGUGCUUGGCCACAACCCUGAACGAAACUACAGAACAGUAUAAAUACUCGGCCAGUAUUUUUGAUGUUCUUGAAGUUUUCGAACAGUCAAUUUCGAAAAUGGUGGAGCCGUAAAAAUGUUGAUAGUUCCACACAGUGAAUUAACAAAUUAAUACAAAGUGCAGUGAAAUUACAAUGAUGAGUGGUAGUGAGCCGACCUUGACCGAAUCUCCGGUGCCGUUGGCCCUGGCGCGGCUACAGGGUCGGCCAGGGCGUCUGCCCCGCGGGCUCCGCACUCACCGACCCAGCUUACCGCUCGCCAGCUUGCAAGAGGCAGCUGAUGAAACGCCACGCCGCUACAGUGAAGAAGCUUUUCCCGAUAUGGACGAUGAUGAGGCCUUCACUGAAGUUGAAGUGCCUCAGCCAUUACGUUCUACCUCCAACGGUCGAAGAUCUUCAGAUGCCACUUUCUCUGAAAGAUACAGAAAGUUGACUGAAUUCGAUGAACCACCACCGGAGUUACCUCGCCGAGCGUCCCUCGCUGUCCCAGUCGAAGGCGAAAUGUACGGUCGCAGUGACAAGGGACGGCGACGCUCGUGGGCGGCUCGUCUACAGCUUGAACGUAAGAAGAGACGGAAAUCGGGAGGCAACGAUACAGAUGAAGAAAGCGAUACUCCCUCCUCGACUCCAGUGUACGUUCGUCAAAAGCGACCGUCCUGGUGGAAUGUUUUUGUCCCUGACAAUAUGCUAAAACACAGGUCUAGACGCGCUUCGCAGCAGCUGUCCAGGAGCGCGGAGAGCAUAGACCAAUCUUUCAAGAGGUCGAAAAGUCGCUCGGUGGACCAUGGGUUCGGUGCGCCGUUUGACCUGGAGGCGCUGCGCUCCAAGGUCGAGGGCAGGUGCGAUGCUGUGCACAGAGAUGAGGACGAACAUGUUAAGAGGCUGCCGCCGCCGCCGCCCAUCAAAACCAUCACCUACACAGUACGAGACCGGGACACAUUGACUUCGGUGGCAGCACGGUUUGACACAACACCGUCUGAGCUCACCAAGCUGAACAGGCUCGCAACGCAGUUUAUCUUCCCCGGACAAACGCUUCUUGUACCUGACAAAAAGAAAGAUGGCGACAAGGACUCCGAUGGACCGUCGGAGAGCGGUGACAACACUUCUGAAUCAACGCAGGGACCCCCUAGUGAGCCUGCACAGGAAAAAGAGAUCCUGGACAGUCUACGGCCGGUGUCCCCGGAGGCGCCCAGUAGCAGUAGCGGACCUCAGAGAUUCCUCAAAAUCAACGUGCGACAUAUCACAGACGGACAGGGCGUGGUGUCCGGCGUGCUUCUAGUGACGCCGAACGCGGUGAUGUUCGACCCGAACGUGUCCGACGUGCUGGUGAUGGAGCACGGGCCCGAAUCAUACGGCGUCAUAGCACCCAUGGAGUACGUCGUCAACGCCGCCAUAUUCUAUGACAUAGCGCACAUGCGCACCCACGGACCGGACAACAACGCGCACAAAGCGGAGCAAGCGGAGAUCUAUUACAUGAACAAGUCGGAACAUUCGCCUGGCAAAGACUCGCUUCUAGUCAAAGAUGAGACAUUCCCCGAGUUGCAAGCAGCGAGCGCGGAGGGCGGCGAGGGGGAGGACCUAUGCGGCGGGGAAGAUCGUCCCGGCUCCGGCGACGAACGUGGCGGCGCCGCUUUCCCGAAAGCCUUCGAAAGGGAACUAGUCACACCUACCGCUUUGCAGCAACAAACAAUAGAAGAAAGGCGGAAAUCUUUACUGGAUCACCACUGGGCUAUACCAAGCAAAGAUAGAAUGUCAAUUGAUCAAGGAAGCGAGGUGUCCUCAAGCACCGAGCACAAAGAUGAAAGCGGGGAAGGUGGUGAGGGCGGGGAGGGCGCGGAGGCGGCGGAGGGCUCGGGCGCGGAGGAGGGCGGCGAUCGCGACGAGCGCCACGACGCACAGCACCUGGUCAAGCUCUCCUACCACGACUCCGGCAUCGAUAUACGCGAGCCGCUGUUGCAUGUCACGCCCAUCAACACCAAGAAGGAUCAUCAGACAGACAUAGAGCACGAUGAUUAUCAUCAUGAAAUCGAAACCAUAUAUGAGAUCGCGGAGCCGGACGCAGAUGUCUCUAUGUACGACAACUGGGACUGUGUCGUCACUUACGAGGCAAAAUUUCCAAGUCGAUUCGCUAAUGAACAUCGCGAUGUUGAAAUGAUGUCUAGUUCGUCCCGCGACGAGGUGUACAGCGAUGCGGACAUAGUUCUGUCUGCGGAGUGGGUACCGCCGGUGGUGGUGUCCCGCGGUGAGCCGCCGCUAUCGGCUCCGCCGUUAGGGGAGGCCGACCGGGCACCGCGCAAGCCCGCAGCUGUCUCUUUCUCGCUCGACGGCGGCCAGCAGCACCACCAGCAACAGCAACAGCAGCAGCAUCAACAACAACAACAAAAGGACGACGCCAACAAGCCUGACAAGAAGAAUAAGAUGCUCAAACGGUUGUCGUAUCCAUUGUCGUGGGUAGAGGGUCUGACUGGCGAGGGAGGGGCGCCGGGUCCGCAGAGCUCGCAGGCGGAGUCACUGCCCAGCUCCGCAGACAGCCACAAUUCCACCAGCGUCUUCUCCAAGGUCUUCAACAGCUCGCCAAUGAAUUUAGUUGAGUUCGGUACGGGAUUGUUCCUGAGUAAAACGCCGUCGGAGGAGGCGCCACAGGACGUGUUCUCGACGUCGGGACGCAGCUCACUUGGCGGUUUCGGUCGGUCGCACGCCAAGUCUACGCCAAGCUCCACCCAACCCCGUCUCGAUUACCGCAGCAUGGUGUCCGUCGACGAUAUGCCUGAUCUCUUCGCCUCUUUUGAUAAGUUGAUUCCCCGGCCAGCCAGGCCGAGUGACGACCCGCCUCUGUACCUCCGUCUGCGCAUGGGCAAACCAGCCGGCCGUCCAUUGCCACGCACCACACCGCUCAUGUCUUACGGCCGCAAGCGCAUGAAGCCCGAAUACUGGUUCGGAAUACCUAGGAACAGGGUGGACGAUCUGUUUAAGUUUUUGACCCACUGGGUGCCAGACCGGUACGGGCCACUGGGUGACGUGACCGCGCAGGGCUACGAGCUCAUCGACAGUGACACGGAAUGGGAAGAUGAUGACGCCAAGCCUGGACACAAGGGCGAAAGAACCGGCAGCUCGGGCGAUGUUUCGGACAUUACCAGAGAAUCGUGGGAGCUGCUGAAGGCGCCCUACGUGAAAUUUUACUCGAUAAUGAAGAGCCAGGCCGAAGCGUUGGGCGACUCGCUCGGCGAGGAACCCCGCCCCGAGGUACUGUCGAUGAGCGAUGAACUUCGCCGGGCGCUGUACUCAUCGGGCGCCUCCGUCGACAUGGAGUUCUCCCCGCCUGACCUCAUUGGCACCUCCGAAAUAUUCACAAUGGAACACAGAGAGAAGAUAUGCACAGUGUUACCAGCGCGUGCGCAGGGCUACAUGUGGUCAUUGGCGUUCAGCACGAGCCAGCACGGUUUCUCGCUCGCAUCCAUGUACCGGAAAAUGCAACGGGUCGACAGUCCGGUUCUACUCGUUAUACAGGAUACAGACAACAAUGUGUUUGGAGGUUUGACAUCGUGCGCUUUGCACCCCUCGGAGCAUUUCUACGGCACUGGGGAAUCUUUACUGUUCUCAUUCCAACGGGUACAGGACGAGCCUCGACGGCCUUCACAGCCUGCAGUAGAGCCAAAGAAGGAAGCUGAUAAUGAAGAGGAGCAUCCAGAAGAAAAAGGAGAUCAACCUACACAAGUAAAAACAAAAUUCAAGUAUUGGGGUUGGACUGGCGACAACAUGUAUUUCAUUCGAGGAAGCACCGACAACAUAUCUAUUGGUGCUGGCGACGGCAAAUUCGGCCUGUGGCUAGACGGGGAUCUGUAUCUGGGGCGCACCCAACGCUGCACUACGUACGGCAACGAGCCACUGACGACUCGCGAGGACUUCAUAGUCAAGAUCAUGGAGUGCUGGACCUUUAUCUGAGCGGCGAGCGCCAACCAAGCCCUCUCGCCGUCUUCCGCGACGCCGCCAUCGCCCGCACAGGCUGAAGCGCUCCACGUUUCUACUUUCAAAUCAAAUUAAGCUUUAGAUUAUCUUAUGAAAUUAGCUACGAAGAUUUGACACCUUUACAAGUCAAUCUAUUCGACUUUAGUACUGAUGAGUCUGAAAACGAUUUUGUACUCGCAUUAUGACUCGAAACGUAGGGCGCGGGUCGUGACGAUCGGCCGCAACAAAGACAGUGUCGAAACGUCUACGCGCACUUCUAGUCAAAUGUACUGAACCUGACCAAUGUUUUCACCCUCCCCGAAUUUAGAGGCGUUCGGAUGGAGUGCCGCCGCUCGGCGCCGGCGGAGCGCGCGCUGUCGCCGCCUGCCACCUCGGAGAGCAAGUGCAUUAAUCCUAGUCAAUUGUCGUUUGUAUUAAGUUGAAAAUGAUGAAAUAGGAGCUCAUAGUUAUGAACUCUCUGGUAGACGAGUAGAUCGCACCGCCGCACGAUCGUGUACGCGGUUGGCGACGGUCGCGCCUCCGCUCCGGUCGUACUUGAGCAGUUCGAUAAUGAUUACGUGUCAAUUCAUACAAAUAAUAUUGUGCAUUGUUGUUAAGGAUUAAAAGAUAUUUGUAACAAUCAAAAAUCAUUGUAUAAUGUUAUGUAGAAGUUUAUAACUAACGAAUUCAUCAUUAUAUUUAGACGCGACCUUUUAGUUUCUUCAUUGUGUCGAAUUAGUAUUUGUUGACUUCGAUAUGAUUGUGGAAUGAGGCUAGUCCGGUUGUCGUUCCAGGCUUUUAUGACCGACCUGGACUGACAUAUCAAAAAAGUAUGAUAUUGGAAGGAUCAUGAAUUGGAAACACUGUUUUUUGUGUAAAUGAUUGUGUACGUUAUGUUGUUAUGUAGCUAUAUAAAUGUAUCGAUUGUUUGUGUUGAGUCAUAAUGUUAAGUUAGUGGACAUAAUUAUGUUACACUUUCACUGUGAUUUGAUUAGUGGUUGCAUUUGAUUAUAAUAUUGAAGCAUUGUCAUUUCAUGUGUAGAUGUUUGUGGAUUUAGUUCAUUUCAUAUGGUGGAUUUAGUCUGCGAUUAAUGUUCAUUAUGUAUGUUAUGUUACGCCUACAAAAAAAAUUAACAAUUUGUAUUCCGUAAAUUCGUGAAUUGUAUAACAUUAUUUUUUAUGAUAUGCUUCAGUACAGAAAAUUUGUAGCCGGUACGUAAAAUUAAUUAAAUAGUAAAAAUAUUUUAAAUAGUUAUCUUAGAGAGCUUGAUGAAUGUAAUCGUCAUUGUGCUUAGUAAUCGUGUCACUUAGCAUGAUGUUAACUCAGAUUUAUCUGGUCGUAUAAAUUAUUUAUUUGUCAGAUGUAAGGGCAAGCUCGUCGCACGCAGCGCUGUGUUGCUCGUUUGUUGCAACGGCUUGUUUUUCGUGUAUAUAACAUUUUAUUCCUAUGUGAGAUUAGUAAAGAGAUAUAUUUUUAUGUAAAACCACGCGUUCACGGUUGUGUUGUCGACAUAAUAUACAAGCAUCGAAAAUUAAAAAUAAUCACUGUCACCAUUAUGGAAAACAGUAUCCUAUCAACUAUUAGAAGAUUCCAGUUGCGCGCGUGUGUACCCAUAAAUAAAUUAUAUUUUGACAUUGUUAAUUGUUUGCGUACAGCAGAAACAUAAUAGAUAUGAGACUUAGGUUUAAAUUAAAAUUAUAUCGGCAUAAUUAUUGUUACAAAUUUAUAAUCAUUAGACUUGUUGAGUAGCAGUGAAAAAUGUAAUAUUUAUUUUUUAUGUUAUGAUUUUCAUCUUACGAUUACUGUAGCCACAUUAUUUUAUUGGUGAUUUAUUAUGUAAUCUAAGUUGUUAAAAUGUGAAUCAAGCCAUAAUAAUUGAGAAUAUAUUCUUUUGAAAAAGAA